AGACAAAAACAAACAUAGAAAAUCUCGUGUAAAAUUAUCGACAAUAAUGCAAUCGAUAUUCUGUGUAUAAUUGCUGUUACUCCGUAGAAUUUUAAGGAAAAUGACAAUUAUACAUUAUUAAUCCCCAGAUUAUAAGAGAGAAGAAUCAACCAAUUGAGAAGAAUCAUUAUUAGUAGCAGGAAGAUUGUUCAUACUGUUCCAGAAUUAAUAAUUUAGAAAUUAUUUGAGAAGUGUGUUUCAUCACUUCUCUUCUUCUUCAAUUACUAUAAUUCAACCUAAUUCCUCGAAUUUCAGACUUGUAGUUGGUGGACUGCAGGCCAGAAGAUGAACUUUCAGAUUCAAAGCAUAAGAUUUCAUCUGAAGCCUAUGUGUACAUAGUCAACUUUGUUGAACCAAACCAGUGAUUUGAUCUCCUAAACUGGUCAUAUUUCCGUUCAUUUUUCAAUGUGGCCUUUCAGUGAAUUUGUAAAUAAAUUAUUAAACUUGGAAGAGGUUACACAUAAUAGUUCAGAUUGUAGCUUAUCUGGCUCCUGCUCCCUCUAUUCAUUAACUGAUGGAAGAGGCCACGAUGUGAUAUUGCCCCGUUUACGUUUCAUUGAGGUUCCUCAUGUCAAUCAGUUAUCCAAUUGGGAUUGUGGUCUUGCCUGUGUUCUGAUGGUUUUGCAAACGAUUGGGAUCAACAACUGUAGCUUGCAUACAUUGGAGAAGCUCUGCGGCACAAGGAGCAUAUGGACUGUUGAUCUGGCAUAUUUGCUGCAAAAAAUUUCUGUCAUCUUUUCCUAUUUCACUGUGACUAUAGGAGCAAAUCCAAACUUCUCUGUGGAGUCAUUUUAUAAGGAUCACUUACCACAUGAUUUGGUCCGAGUAGAUAUGUUGUUUCAAAGAGCAUUUAAGGAUGGAAUUAGUAUAGAGUGCAGAUCAUUUAGUCAAAAAGAAGUACCUCUCUUGAUCUUGUCUGGAAGAUACGUAGCAAUUGCUUUGGUUUAUCUGUGCAAACUAUAUCGGUCAUUGCUAGAGGACUACCAUGUCGCUGAAUUAUGUGGAAGCAAUCUGGGCUAUACAGGUCAUUAUGUUGUAAUUUGUGGGUAUGAUGCUGACAAAGAUGAGUUUGAAAUCAGGGAUCCUGUCAGCUCAAGGAAAUAUCAGAAAAUCUCUUCAAAACACCUAGAUGAAGCUCGCAAAUCUUUUGGUACAGAUGAGGAUCUUCUACUGAUUUCACUUGAUCAGAGAUAUACCAAAGAGGCAUUUCCGCUAAUCUCAGGUCAUGUUAAUGAAGAUCCAUGACAACUAUCAAACUUGUGCAGUAAACUGUGUAUAUGAUCCUUCGCAUGUACAAUAUUAUCCUCUGUUAUAAGUUUCACAGCAUGUACCCAUCCCCAGGUUUGGAAAUUAGCUUAGAUUGCCAUCUGUAAAUCAUCACUUGUGCUGUUGUGCAUUAGAUUGAAUAAUUCUUUUGUAAAUCUCUUCAUAUAUAUUCAUCAAAAUUUUAAAGUA